AUGUCCAUGGAAACUCCUUUUGGGUUGAGACAGUAUCCUGUUACCAAGUUUUGCAUGGUUACAACGGCAGCGAUUCCAAUAGUCGCAUCCAUUGCAAAUUGCAAAUAUAUCUUUCUAACAAGAUAUGAGCCAUUUAUAUCAGAAUACCAGCAGUAUUAUAGACUAGCUCUUUUCGAGCUAGGUGCAACAAACGAGAGCGAUGUUUUGUUACUGAUGCUAAUAUGGUAUCAGUUCCGUCAUUUAGAAAGAAUAAUGGGAUCUUAUAAGUAUAUCAGUGUAAUUUCGUUGAUAUAUUUGUAUACUUCUGUGAUAUUAACAACGUUAUAUAUUGGAUUAAACGUACUGUUAUCUCAGACUAUAUGGAAUAGCUUACCACAGGGUUCCCUUCCUGUGGUAAUGGCAAUGCUACAUUUCUAUAAAGAGUUCACUCCCAAGAUCUAUGAUUUCAAAAUUGUCGUAAAGAACCCUUUAUCAAGUUCAAAAGAUAAGCGUGCGAACUUUGAAUGUCAUCUAGAUGACCAGUUCUUCGUUCUCUCAUUAAUAUUUGCAUUACUUUUAAAUCAAGGGUAUGUUGGUAUUAGUUGCGGAUUCUUAUGUUGGUUAAUAGGAGUAUUUAUUGACAAGGGCAUAUUUGUUGGCUUCCACAACUGGAGAUUACCGUUUAUAAAACAUUGGCUCAGUGACGAAAACAAUUUGACUCGAGAAACCGGUAUAGCAAGUAGCUCAGGUCCUAAUAUCAAUACUUACAUCAAUAAUGUAAGAGAAGGUAGUAAUAACUUACAGGAAAUGGAAGGGCAUGAUUAUGAUGAAGAGAAUCAAGAUGAUGAACCAGCACGUCCAUUAGGUGUGCAGUUUUUAGAUGCUUUUAGACGUUAA